AUGCCACCACAUCAUUCAAAACGCUCAGUCCUCAUCACAGGCUGUUCAAACGGCGGUCUUGGCGCCGCCCUCGCAGAAGCUUUCCACGAGACUGGUCGAUGGCGUGUCAUAGCAUCUGCACGUGAUUUGACCAAGCUCCAGAGUCUGAAGGGCCUGAAGAACGGACAAGAAGAAGAUGGGAUCGAGCAGGUGCAGCUCGAUGUCGUUGACGAGGCGAGUGUUCGUGCUGCGGUCGUUGCCGUGCGGAAGCUGCUGGCUGAUGGGAAUGAUGGUCGGAAGGAUGGGGAGAAGGUGGGAUUGGAUGCGAUUUGCUUGAAUGCUGGAGGAGGGUAUAGCAUGCCCCUGACCGACAUCCCGCCUUUCUCGCCUUUGCUUCCCGCCGUCUUCAACCUCAACGUCUUCUCUCAACUCAGCAUCCUCAACGUCUUUCUUCCACUCCUUCUUGCCAGCAGUAGCUGCAAUAGCGGCAAACCUCUCGUCAUAGCCCACACUUCGAUCGCAGCCCACCCAAACGGCAACCUCCCCUUCACCGGCGCCUAUAACGCGUCAAAGGCCGCCAUGUCGCACCUGACGCAAUGCCUGCGCACGGAAUUGGGCUUGUUGGACAUUGACGUUAUCGAACUACGAACGGGAGGAGUGAGAAGUCAGUUCUAUGGCAACUUACAGCAAGGAAAGGCCAGGGUGCCGGAAGGGAGCAUUUGGGAAACAGAGGGCGUGAAAGAAGUGGUGGAGGGGUUGAUGGACGGCGAGAAGUUUGGUGCAGGGUUUAGUGAAAGGGCGGAGUGGGCUAGGGAGAUUGUGCGGGAUGUUGAAAAUGGUACCCAGAAAAUCAUCUACAGGGGCAGCAAUGCAGCUAAUGUCAAGUGGGUGGGCCGUUUGAUUCCGAUGUGGAUUUAUGACAUGAUCAUGGCGCGUAUGCUGGGGAUCGGACACUUGCCAGGACUUUUGCGGGCGGCGUUGGAGGGAAGGUCGCUGGUCACUGAGGAAGAGCAAGAUUAUCAAGGUUGA